GGAGCGAGGCGCGAGGCCUUGCAUCAUGCCCAAAGGGGAGAGUGACGUCCCCUUUCCCCUUGGAUCGACUCAUCAGUCGCCACGUCGUUUGUUCGCCCAUCGUCGCUGCUAGCUUCCAGCCUGAUCCCCCUCAGCAACCCCUGGGAGGACGUAGAGGGCGGCCGGAGCAGCCGGGCAGCAGUGGGAGCCAUGAACGACCGAAACCGCUCGGCUGGCGUGGCGGAGGCACUUCAGUCCUUCCCAAGGCACCAGCCGAGGCUCACCGCCAGCAUGACGGCCAGCCAGGCCCGAUACCGAGCUUCCUCCCAGGCUCCAGCUCCACUGCCCCGCUAUGCGGUGAGAAUACGACGCACCGCACCCACACAGGCAGCAAUGAGCUCUCUCAUGAUGUAUGUGUGUGUUUCGUGUGUGUUAUCUAUCUGCAGCAUCACCAGGCAGAGUUCGCUGCAGCUGCGCCGAGAUUCGUGACUCGGCAGAGUCGCGAGGCGUCGUCGCGUCAGAGCAGCUCUGGUGAUUCCCAGCGGCCAUCGCAUUCCCGCGAGUCCCGGCAGCAGACGCGUGACGGUGUGGGGUCUGCGGUGCGGGAGCGUAGCGAACACACGGGAGUGCAUCGGAAGGACAAGGUCAUGGAGUCGGGCUUCUUCAGGAGUAAGCCGCGGAACACAUAACAGGGGAGGGAGGGAGGGAGGGAGGGAGGGGAGGGUGGGAGGGAUGCAUGGAUGGAUGGAUGGACGUCUGUGUCUGUGUGUGUGUAUGUGAUGUUUGUCUGUUGAUGCAGUUGGGGGAUAUCCGCCGGCUGCGUAUGGGCUGUACAAUCUGGGGAACACUUGCUAUCAGUAAGCAAGCCACAACCCAUGCAUCAACAAGUCGAAGACCAAAACACACAUGUCUGUCUGUCUGUCCCUGCUUGUUUUGUUGUUGUGUGCAGGAAUGCGGUUGUGCAGCCAUUGGUUCGGACUCCAUGGUUCUGGGACUGGUCAGCUGCCAGCCGGCACCGCACCCACCCAAUGAACCAACCAAGCAGACAUCUCUCUCUCUCUCGCUCUCUCUCUCGGUGUGUGUGUGUGUGUCUGUUCGGUGUGCAGGUUCACAGUAGCGUUUGAUGAUUCGGACGAUGCCCAUUGGCAGACGUUCAUCUGUCCUCGCAGCCCCUACAGAGGACACGUAGCCUCGGUGAGUGAAUGAGCGAGCUACCUACACCACACACAGACACACCAAACCACACAUAUACACUUGUGAUCUGCGUUGUGUGUGUGUGUGUGUCCCUAUCAAUGAGUGCAGGUGUUUGCGACCUUGAUGCGAGAGUUCUCGUCUGACGGCGCGUCGGAGCAGCAGGGGGGCGUCGUCGACCCGAGCGACUUUCGCCGCGUCUUUGGAGAGAACAAGAAGGAGUUCAAAGGUAACCACCACACACACACACACACAAUCCACCAAAUGGUCGGCAUCAUCAAUCAGGACGUGUGUGUGGUGUGCUGUGUGGGCGUGUGUCUGUGGGCCAGGUCGCCGUCAGCAGGACUCGGCAGAGUUUCUGGGCAAGCUGCUCGAGUGUCUUCACGAAGUACGGAGCCACCAGAUCGCCCCCAACACACGCAUGCCAUCACUGGCCUGUGUAUGUGUGUCGGGUGCAUGGCAUGUGUGCAGGACACCAACAGGAUCCAGGAGAAGCCGCCAUUCCAGGAGAUGGACGACCGACCGGGCGAGACGCCCACAGAGGCCAGGUAGGCCGGCGGGCGGGCGAGGGGCUGGGCCACACCCACACACGCAUCCAUUGCCCCCUCUUUCUGUCUGUGUGUGUGACCAGCGACCGUUGGUGGACGUACGACCACCAGCGGAGCGACUCCAUCGUCUCCGACGUGUUUGGCGGACAGCUCAUGACGGAGAUCAUCUGCCCGAAAUGCGGCCACAGUGAGCACACAACACACACCCCACACCCCACACCCACAGCACCACUCCACAGACGUCCUUUGAUGUAGUGCUGUGAUUGGGUGUCAUGUGAUGUGUGAUGUGUGCAGUUGCGCGCAACUUCGAGACGAAUUGGUCUCUGCCCCUGACGAUUCCUGACGACGAGACGGCCGAGGUCGAGCUCGACGAGUGCCUCAAGACGUUCUGCAAGAUCGAGGUGAGUCCGGUCGGCGCCAUACAGCACACUGCACUGCACACACGCCCCCUCCCUCACUCUGUCUCCGUAUGUGGUAUGACGUCGAUCAGGUGCUGAGGGGCGAUGACGUCUGGUACUGUCCCAAGUGCAAGGAACACGUUGAGGCCAGGUAGGAUGGGAGGGAGAGGAUGUCUCCGUGCUCGUGUUAUGUUGACCUGUCUGUCUGGCUGGCUGCGUGUGUGGGUAUGUCGUGUCAGCCGCCAGGUGACGAUCUUCAGGUGCCCGCCGGUGCUGGUCGUGACGCUCAACCGCUUCCGCAAGGACAAGUUCGGCGGCACGGAGGGCAUCUUCAACGCCAAGCGUCUCAACACUCCGGUGCGCUUCAAGAUGCGCAAGCUCUGUCUCGCCGAGGUUCAUGGCCUCUGCGAACACUCUGGUAAGGAGAGAUAUGGGAGAGGGGGGGAGGAUGGCUGUGCUCAUGCCUGUGUGUGUGUGUGUGUGUGUGUCGCGUGUUCAGAGGAUCCCACGAUCAGCCGCGAGUACGAUCUGUUCGCCGUCACCCAUCACGACGGCAUCCUCCAUGGCGGCCACUACUACGCGUGAGCACCCGACAGACAGACAGACAGACAUACACACAGACAGGGCGUGACUGCAGGAGGGAAAUGCGUGUCUGCGUGUGUGUGUCUGUGUCUUGCGUGUGCAGCUACGCCAAGUUGGUGGUGAAUGGUGUGGUCUCGUGGGUGCGGUUUGACGACAUCGCCACCGAGUACUUCAUGCCCGAGGAGCAACUUCAGGGUGCGUAUCUAGAGCAGGGAGGAGGGGAGGGGAGGGGACGUCCCACAACAAGAGAGACUCGCCCAUGUGUGUGUGUGUGUGUGUGUGUGUCAGGUUCUGCGGCCUACAUCCUGUGGUACCAGGCCCGCGACAUGCCAAAGGUGUUCCAGGAGAAGCGGAAGGUCCGUGUUGAAGGUACGCGCCGAUGAUGUCGACCACCCACCCACCCACCCACACACACACAGAGACACGCUCACACGCACUCAUUCAUGUGUGUCUGCUUGGUGUGUGCUGUGUGCAGUGCCGCUGCCCCGUUCCAUCGACAACCCGGUGGUGCCGUCGAGUCGGUCGUCCUCGCGCGACAACCCCUCGAGUGUGCUCGACAAGGACACCGAGGACAUCACCUCCCCGCUCGACGACAGCACCGACAUCGCCGCACCGGCGGCGGCUGCCGACACCUCCCACCUCCCUGCGCCCACCGUCCGGCCCUCCAAGCCGUCCACGGUGCCCCCGCCCGCCCCGGCUGCUCACACCCCUCCGGCCGCUCCCCUCUCGCCACCGCCAGUGCACGCCAAGGCCCCCAGUGCCAUCACCACCACAACCACCGAGCGGGAGGAGACGGCCGAGAGGCCCGCCCCGGCCGCCGCGUCUGAUCGUCGCCCCUCAGCCCCUCUGUCGUCGUCACUGCCGUCCAUCCCGCUAGCUGCAGGGCAGCGCGCGCGGUACGGCUAUGGCUCGCGGGCGAGCCAGGGGUCACUGGACUCUGGCUAUGAGAGGGACUACGAGGACGGUCCCCUGGGGAGAAACAUAAUGCGCGACCUCGGGCAUCGGGGGAUGACGGUGGGUGUGCAUGGGGCGGCGGCGGCGGCGGCGUCACCCACUGGUGGCAGCGCGAGCCGCAGUAUCUUAUCCGACCCCCUCGAGCCCCAGCCCCUCGCACCCUCUCUCUCUCGGGAUCGACACUUCCAGCAGUCGCUUCGUCUUGACGAGGCUGUCAGGGCCUCUUACGCCUCGGCCACCACCACCCAGCCAUCUGUCGGCGCGUCAUCAAGCCGCAGCAACCGCAUCGGCACCCCCACACGGACAACGGCGGCUGACACAGCUGGGGCGGGAUCGACGUUCGCGAUGGGUGAGGUGCGUGGCGGCAGCCUCAGCAACUCGCGCAGAGGGAGUGGGAGUGGGGGUGGUGAGGCGCGGGCAGCUGGGAUGACCACCAGCGAGUGUGAGCGGCUGAUAGAGCGGCGCAGCAGCCGCGACCGCGACCGCGAGCAGCGCGAUGAUGACGCCAUCGCGUCGCUCAUGCCGCGUCGGUGGUCGGGCAUUGGCGUGAAGGACCCCUAUCGCCAUUCGUCGAGGCCGCUCGACUCCCAGCCCAGCUACGAGCGUGACGAGGGCCUCAGCAUCGGCACCAGCCACACGGCAGCGUACCGGCUCUCCCACAACCAGCCCUCCCUGUCCAGCUCUGCUGCUGCUGCUGCUGCUGCUUCGUACUUCGACGCAUAUCCCCACCAGCGCAGCAGCGGCGGGCGGGACAUCUACGGCACCGACUCGCACGGCAGCAGCAUCCCCACUGUCGGCCACCCUCCCGCCCUCAUGCCGGCAUCCCCGUCCCUCGCCUCGCGAGCACAGCAGCAGCGGGAGGAGUCCACCCUCCAGGCCGCCCAGCGCUCCAGAGGCGGUGUGGUUUCCCCUGCGGCCCGUCAGGCCACCACCAGCACAGACGGCAUCCGCAGACACAGCACCGGGCCGGGCAGCAUUGCGGGUGCGGGCGCCUUCGGCUCCUCAACACGGUCGUCGGCCAUCAACAACUUUGCGAGCAGCUUGUCGACGUUCACCGGGGGUCGGGCGUCGAGAGGCAACAGCGUCAACCCCACACGAUUGACCAACAAUCCCUAUGCAUCGCUGUCGUCCAUGGGCUCCACAUCUUCCAGCCGGGUAAGCAGGCAACAACAGAGAUCAAUGGACUGGACGGGCGGCCAGACAGCUGGUCAUUUGCCCUUUGUGUGUGUGUGUCGUGUCAGAACCGCAAUCAGAGCCCGGUUGAGCGCAGCUAUCAGUCGAGACUCUUUGGUUAUCGUCGAUAAGCCCCACACGGUCAGAUACAUCCAUGCCAUGCGAGCAGGGAGGCACGGUGGGAGGGGAGGGGGUGCGUCAGUCAGUUGUAGAUGGAGGCGUCUUGUUUUGGUCACACACAUACACGACCGACACACACACAUGGAUGUCUGCAUACCUUUCGCACACAGCGGGGGUCAUUCGGUGAGUGAGUCGAUUCGAGAGGGGCGAGGUGGGUAGCUAGGUGUCUGUCGUGGCAUCCGUGUGUGUGGUACGGUCGGUGUCAAUGGGAGAGGGCGGGCGGGGCUGACGGGAUAUAUCUGUGUAUCUGUCUUGCUGGCUGUCGCAUUGCAAUCAUUGCUCCAUCCAUUCGACGCCUUGUGAGUGACGGUUGCCGAUUUUUUUCCGUUGUGACUUGUGUGUGGACACUGUGUGUGGGGGGGAGGGAGGAAGGAGGGAGGGGCAUUGGAGAGGAAGAUACGGGAAGGUACAUUGCGUGUCGUCUUUGUGUGUGUGUGUGUACACAUUGACUGGACAGGUAGAUUUGGCUGACUGACUGGCUGGCUGAUUGACUGGCUGACCGGCUGGCUGACUGACUGACUCAUGCAAAUGCUGUGCGAUGGCUCAGCACGGCAUGCAAUCGUGCGUACGUGCGUGCGCUUUCCCCUUUAUGACAUUCAAUCCAUCUAACACAUCCAUCCAUCCAUCUGCACCGACACACACAUGGCCUCCCAUGUAUAGAUUGCCCGGCGACCUGAUACCUGACACACACACCAACUGGCUGCAGAGAGAUACAGAGAGAGAUCAUUCGUUUCAUGUGCAGACAGACCGACACACCAACUGCAGAGAGAGAGAGAGAUGUAUAGCUAUAAAGCUAUAAAGGACUAACCUGACAGACAGCCGACAGACAUCCGAGUGAGGCGAUGGCUUGCUGGCUUCACGGUCGCAUCGUACGUAAAAACGGUCUGUCUGCUGUAAUCCUUCCCCCUCCUUGUGCCUCUUUGUCAGUCAUCAGCGUUGCGUUGCACUCUGCACGCACUAAUUCAUCCAUCAAGUCAGUCAGUCAGGGAGGGAGGAGGGGCAAUGCAAUACGACGAUAUCGAUGACUGGUGGCUGAUCGAUCGUGUGAGCUCUCCGCUGUGUGGUCGACUUCAUCGGCGUCCUCUUUCCUUUCGCCGUGGAUCAUGUUCGAGUGGUCCACGGAGCGGGGCGAGACGAGGCUGAUUGCGAGUCGAUUGCCUAGCAAUGAGCCGGUUGCGGUGAAUCUGGUGGUGGACGAUGGAUGCCAUGCGUCAUUCCAUUCAUGCUGUCCGUGUGCAUGAUGAAAAUAUGAUCAGUGUGAAGCAUCCACAC